UCAAAUUGGGGUUUAGGGUUUCGCAUUUAUCGUACCCCGAGGCACCAACCCACUUCUCUAGCUUCUAAAAUGUGCUCCAACUCAGGCUGGAAAUUCACUGAUCAAGAACACCCAGGUGAGGAGGUUUACCGGAGAAGAAAACCCAGAAAGCCCAAUCCGGAUGAUGAGCCUUUAAAGGUGUCGAGUUCGAGUCGAAGAGAGAAGCUCAGGGCCAGUUUGGCUGCUGCUCCAACGAAGCGAAUCAGUUGGAACCGUUUUCUUUCCACAAGAGGGAGGACAAGUAUUGCUGUUCGUGCUUGUUUGGAGUAUCAGCCUCCACAGAAGAAGGCUAAAAGGAAAGGUCUUCCUCCUCGUCCCAAAGCCAAGUACAAUUUUGAAAAGGAACGAGCUUACUUUGAGAAGGUUGAUGAAGAAGAAUUGAUAGAGGAGAGCCCCUCACCCAUACCCCGCACAUGGGUUGCUGGUAUCCCAAAAGGAAAUGUUGAGAUACCCAAGUUGUGCACAGCACUAGAGAAAUGGUUGUUAUCCAAGAAGUUGAAUUUCGGUUUAAGGUCUUCCAACACAUUAGCUAGGAUCCUACAAUCUCCAGCCAUGCGGUCCUCACCCAGUAGGGGUAUCAAUUUUGAAUCUUCAAGUUUAAAAACUCCAGAGAGAUCUUCUAAAGUCAAGUCUCGCUUGUCUUCUGGCCAAAUUAGAUUUGAUUUGAAUUUGCUUGAUGAAAGUGUGAAUGAAAAGAGCAUCACCAAAUCACUUCCUGGUGUGGGCGAUGAAGGUUAUGAAGAUAUUGAUGCUGCAGUAAAAGAACUUUCUUUGGUAUCAGUUUCUGAGGAGUUGGAUCCAUUUCAUGCUCUAUUAGAAGUUUGUGACCAGUCAUCUCCCUCAAUAUUACAGGAUGUAUUCUCCAAGUAUUGUGAUCCAAAGGACAUUGAAAAAAUUGGCGAAGGGACAUAUGGAGAAGCUUUCAAAGCUGGGAACUUUGUUUGCAAAAUUGUUCCUAUUGAUGGCGACUUACGAGUGAAUGGAGAAGUGCAAAAGAAAUCUGAAGAAUUGCUAGAGGAGGUCGUGCUUUCCCGCACUCUAAAUUACUUGAGAGGAAAUAAUGACAAUGUUCAGAAUGUAUGCUCAACAUUUAUAGAAACUAAAGAUUUGAGGGUUUGCCAAGGAUGUUAUGAUGCUGGCUUGAUAAAAGCAUGGAAAGCUUGGAAUAAAAAGCAUGUUUCCCAAAAUGAUAAUCCUGAUAUGUUUCCAGAGAACCAGAGGUAUGUCGUGUUUGUUUUAGAGCAUGGUGGCGAAGAUUUGGAAAGUUUUGUACUUCUGGACUUUAAUGAGGCAAGGAGUUUAUUGGUACAGGUUACAGCUGCACUUGCUGUAGCUGAAGCUGCAUAUGAAUUUGAGCACCGCGAUCUCCACUGGGGAAACAUACUUUUGAGUCGGAGUAAUUCAGUUACAAUGCAGUUCACUCUUGAUGGAAAGCAGAUGCUCAUACACACAUUUGGAUUAGCAAUAUCAAUCAUUGAUUUCACUCUUUCAAGAAUCAAUACUGGUGAAGCCAUUCUCUUUCUAGACCUAUCUUCAGAUCCCGACCUUUUUGAUGGUCCGAGAGGAGAUAAACAAUCAGAAACAUACCGGAAAAUGAAGAAGGUAACACAAGACCAAUGGAAGGAAAGCUUCCCUAAAACAAAUGUGUUGUGGCUGCUCUACUUGGUGGACGUAAUACUCUUGGACAAGUCAUUUGAUCGUACUUCCAAGGACGAGAGAGAGUUGCGCUCGUUGAAGAAACGGCUGAAUCAGUACCAGUCAGCAAGAGAAGCACUUUUCGAUCCUUCUUUCAGCGAUUUGUUUGUUGAUGCUAAUAAAUGACUUCUAACUGAGGGAUAACAUUGUAUUGUACAAGUUUCGAAACACAAAUCUUCUGU